AUGACAGUCACGCAGGAUCAACAUCAUCGCGACCAGCUACUAAUUGAAGCACAGCGAGCUCGCUCACCGCUGCCAGCGCUGAUGGAGCUCGAGGAAUCACCGCCCGCCGUCCCUCCAAAGGACUCCGGAUAUCAGGGCAGCAUGCGUGGUAGUCGUCCGCCGAGCGCAGCUGGCCCUGCGAGCGGGUCGAAGAGGAAGCGAGAGACGCAGGACGACACGUUCUACAACUAUCGGAAUGGCCGGCUUGAGGCUGCCAACUUCGAACAUACGCCAAAGCGCUCACGCUCACACUCGAACACGCGUGCCAGCGGAGGAUAUGCAUCCGGAUACGCGUCCACCGAUGGGACGCCAAUGCAACAGCGGAGCCUUCGUAGGAAGAAAGGCAGCCGUAAUCUGUCCAAUCUCAACCUCCGCCAUGCCGCCUCUCUGGCGAACAUCGAUCAGCAACAGACGUAUCCAGGCCGCGAGUCUCGAUUUCAGGAGGGCAGCUUGUCCGACAAACCCAGCGAGAAGCCGCCGAGCGUGUUCACUCGCUUUGCACGCACCGACAGCGGCAACCUCUCACACGUCGAAGAGCUCAUGGCAGAGUACCAUGAAGGCACGCCUAUUCCUUGUGACUCCGUGGAGGAGACACUCGCAUAUGAGAGGGCAACGAGAGACCAGCGCGUCGCCGCCAUCAAUGCUCAGCAGAAGAAAGAGGAGGGUAGUGGAAUGUUUCGCUUUGGCAAGUCUCUGGCCUCUGCGUUCCAUCCAGUGACACUGUGGAAUAAGCUAUGGAACGAGCCGAAGGAUGAGGCCUCGCAGGCCCAGGCAGAGGAGGCGGACCGGAAGGCGAAACAGAAGGCCGAAGCUGAGGCGAAAUAUGCUCAACUGAAGGCCGCUGGGCAGCUUGGCCUUCAGCCUGUCUCUCUGCACACGCCUCAUGAUUCCGCAGUCGUCCUCGAUGGCCGUUUCUCGACGCAUGGACACCGGCGCGACAUCUCUAAUGGAUCCACCGUCCGCACACAGGCGGACGAGGUCUAUCCUGAUGGCAGCGACUUUUCAGAGUCAGCUUCACGGCCGCUUCGCGGUAUUGCGUCUCGCCUUCAUCUCCAGAAGCCGUCUCUCCAGAACCUGCAAAAUAGCUUGAAGCGUGUGAAGUCUGACUUCACCCUUGGUGUCGCCGCCAACCGCGAAUCUUCGUCUUCGCUCUCUCCAACCAAGGCAGACUUCGAGAACUCCGCCUUGAGGAAGUCUCACUCCAAGUACGACCUCAAGAAGCAACACAAACUCUGCAAGCGUGUGAGUGAUUUGGAGUCAAAGCUUCUCAAGGCGCGCAGUGAGUUGAAUGAGGCUCUCCUCGAGGCUUCGCCGAAGCCUAAGAUCGCUGGUAAGUACGAACGCUUUACGCCGUCUGGAACGCUGAGAAGGCGAAAGUUCGUACCUGGAGCACUGCCGACUCUACCUAGUGAGGGAGUCCUCUUUUCCCAGCAGCUCAAUGCUCAGAGUGACGGAACGGUGGCCGUGCCGGAGCAGCGAUCUCGGCCAGAGAUAGACCUGGCUCGAGCCUUUGACGAAGAUGCGGACGACGGGGAGAAAGAUGACAUCAACCCUGCACAGAAGAAGUCAUAUCCAACUCGUGCAAAGGUGCAUUCGAACAAGGAGAACGACCACGACGAGGCAUCGAAGAUCGAUGACGAUGUCGACAUGAAUGUCGCAAGCAAGGCCCCUACGAAGGACGAGUUGACUGCACUUCCUCAGCUUAUGGAGGCGAAAGGAGUAGCUCAGCAAGCACCGGACGAUGAACUCGGCGCGGAUGACAUCAAGCCCCUGACGCCGAAUGUCAAGCUGAGCAAGAAAUCGGCGAAAGGCAAGAAGCGUGCCUCUACGAAGGGAGACGCAGAUUUUAAGCCCGAUGUUGAGGCCGAUGAUGACGCGGAAUGGGAUCAAGCAGCGCAGAAGCCAAAGAAGAAGCGCAAGUCAACCGGAAAAACGGACGACAGUCCCGCAUCGAAACGCGCGGCUGGCAUCGACAAGCAGAAGUCGCCUCACGGUAAAGGCUCCAAGAAGACCGGGCCCGCGGCCGAAGACGACAAUCCGAUUGAGAAGCUUGCCAGUGACGGACUCCACCAGGACGUUACGAUGAUCGACGCGAGCGGCAGCGAGGAUGCGCUCGCCAAGGUCUCCCAGCGCGGCAGCCUCACUCCUAUUGAUGAGCCUCUCGAGCCCGUCUAUGAGGAGGAGGAAGAAACGGUCCCGCUUGCUCAUAAUGGCGAAUCCUCCAAGCUCAAGAUCGAAGCAUCACAUGCGCGUUACGGACGCAACGCGGUUCGCUCGCGCUCCAACAGCCCACACAAGCGCUCUGAGCCUGUAAGUCCUGGCGCAGAAGAGAGCGUCAUUACUCGUGCCGCGCAUGCUGCUCAGCAUCGGCGCCCGCGCCCGAACAGCCCACCGCCAGGUCAGAAGAUACGAACGAACGACAUUAUCACGGCAACGCCAGGUCAAGGUGAUGUUCCCAAGCUUCCGAGAGGCGCUCUUGGCAGCGUCGACAGCAAGGAGAGCAAGAAGGAUUUCGAGUGGCCAGAUGAUGUCUUUUGA